ACAGGCACACAUGCACAUCACUGUGACCAGAGUUUGCCUUGCCUCCUGUGGGCCUUAGAUCAGGCAAAAGCCAUGUCAAAAGCCUCGUCCGAGGGCCAGGCGACAGAGUCUUCCGAUGCAGAUAGCUUCGAGUGUUACGACCCGAUGGCCUGCGCAAAAGCCACGAAGGAGAAGAAGCGGCGUGGGCGAAAAACUCCUUCAGCAGGGUGUCUAGCUGUCGUGGAUUGCAUGUGCAAGAAAACGGACCUCUUUGCGAAACAAUGGACAGAGCUACAGAGGCUCAUUGCAAAUUCCGAGAAUGCACGUAGAUUGUCAGAGGAGAUCAAGGUUUUCUAUGGCCAGAUGGACCAGAAAGCAGACAGGAAGAGACAGGAACUGCAGGAACUAGACCAAGCCCAUCCUCCACACGAAAAGGAAAAUGCAGCAGGUGUGAAAGCCACCUUAAAAGAGAAAGAAGAUUUGCAAAAAAGCCUGGUUCUGACUAUACGGAAGAUUUGCGAAUGUGCCAAAGGUGUAUCAGAUGAAGAUGAUGAAGAGAAAUGUAGGCGUGCUGCAGAGUUUGUCGAAGAGGUACUUAGCGAGUUCAAACGGAUGCACUUCGCAGCCUUGGCCUUUGUGCAAAGGUGCUUUCUUUAUGCAUGUCCAAAACUCUGGAGCGACAGGGAAGCAGUCAUGGCAGCGGUCCAACAAGAUGGCCUUGCACUGCAAAUGGCUCCCGGCGAACUCAAAAACAACCAGGAGGUCGUGAUCGCAGCGGUGAGAAACAACAGCCUUGCGUGGCAAUUUGCUUCGAAUGAGCUCCUGAGUGACGUGGAGGUUGAGAUGGCAGUCCACGACAAUGACGUCCAGUCACUGGAAAAUUCACCCGAGUGGUUUUUCACGAAUACUCUGCAGUCCAACGACAUGCGCUUCGCCAUAGAUAUCCAUCGCAACCAUGUUGAUCUUUGCAACUCGACUUCCUUGGCUGAGCUGCUGGACAAGUCCUCGAAUCUGGAGCAGGCGUUGAAGCUGCUUGAGGAAAUGGAAAAGUCUGCUGAAGGCGAUCCCAGGCUCCAGACAAGGAGACAGCAGCAAGGAGACGAUCCGUAUUCCUUGAAGGAGUUGAUAGCGUCGAAAAGGAAGCAGAUUGACAUCCAUCUCAAGCAAGUGGACAACAAGUUCAAGGAUUCCAUCAAUGAACUUGAAAGGCUUCAAAGCCAACUUGCUCCGUAUCUCCGGGAGGAGCAAAUACAGCAAAGCCGGGAACAAGCAACACGCCAACUGAAAGCUCUUUGGCAAAACAAGAUGAAUCCAAUUCGGCCGACACCUCAUCGUGAUUUCACGAUAAGUACCCAAUACCUCAGACACGCAGUACAAGAGUCGACAAAAUCGAUGGUGGAGGCAGGUCACUGGGAGGAGAACCGUGUGGAGGAGAUAUUCACCGAAUUUCGCGGCAUUUGCAGACGCUUCCAAAGCCUACUUGAAGAGGACGCUCAUGCAAUUCCCGACUGCAGCUCUGAUCCGGUGGGAUUUCAGACAUAUCCAUAUCUACAUUCAGGUGGCUUGAACUAUGAUGCAGCUGUACGACGCAUUUAAAAGGUCGCAUAGGUUCUUC